AUGACGCGUAAGCCACAUCAUUGCCUCUGCCAAAUGACCAAACCAAGUGGUGACUGUCUCCACACGGGUCCCACUAGCUCUGUCACAGAAGUACUGCUACCACCUGGCCUUUCGUCCCAUUCUAAUGAGCAUUGCCUUUCCCAGGGGUGUUUCAAGAACAUCCCAGCUGCUACUCUGAUCCCACCACUGCCCUGUGCCCACGUCACACCGCUGCCCUGUGCCCACGUCACACCCCUGCCCUGUGCCCACGUCACACCACCGCCCUGUGCCCACGUCACACCGCCGCCCUGUGCCCACGUCACACCCCUGCCCUGUGCCCACGUCACACCACCGCCCUGUGCCCACGUCACACCGCUGCCCUGUGCCCACGUCACACCCCUGCCCUGUGCCCACGUCACACCGCUGCCCUGUGCCCACGUCACACCCCUGCCCUGUGCCCAUGUCACACCAGCACCUGACUGA